AUGAAGUCGCUCCUUUCCCCGACCCUGAGGCGCGUCCUCUUGGUCUUCCAACUUGCCGUCCUGCCUGUUCUGUCCUACACGGAGCUCUCCGAGGGCACCUUGCGAAACGUCCCUGCAGCGGGCGACGACUUCAAUAUCGACCAUGGCAAACUGCUCGCGCCGAUUCUGAUCCCCCGGGUGCCUGGCACACCCGGCUCCGACAAGGCGCAGCAGCACUUUGUUGACUUCUUCGCGCAAAGCCUUCCCAAAUGGAAAAUAGAGUGGCACAACUCCACGGCCAAGACGCCGGCCACGGGAGACAGAGACGUCCCCUUCCGGAACCUCAUCUUCCAACGCGAUCCCCCUUGGGCUGCGCCGGGGGAUGUUGCACGAUUGACAUUGGUGGCACAUUACGACAGCCUCUACAGGCCGGAGGGCUUCAUAGGGGCCAUCGAUAGCGCUGCUCCAUGUGCUAUGUUGCUACAUGUUGCCAGGAGCAUUGACGAAGCCCUGACAAAGAAGUGGGAGACCAUGGAGGCUGAGGGCAACACGGGUGAUGGAUUAGAUGAGGAAAAGGGUGUCCAAAUCCUUCUCCUCGACGGUGAGGAGGCAUGGGUCUCUUGGACGCAUACGGACUCGCUGUACGGCGCAAGAGCACUCGCCGAGACUUGGGAGGCCACACCUCAUGCCGCUCUCUCAUCCUUCAAGACCCCCCUGAGCUCUAUCAGCCUUUUUGUCCUGCUUGACCUACUGGGGUCAGAGGCGCCCCAUGUCCCUUCCUAUUUCCAAACUACGCAUUGGGCAUACCAGCAUAUGGCCACAAUUGAGAAACGUCUGCGCGACCUUAACUUGCUCGAGAGCAAGCCGCCAUCGCCGUUCCUACCAGACCAUGAUAAGAAGUCGUCGCAGUUCGGCAGGGGCUUUGUGGAGGACGACCACGUCCCGUUCAUGGCCCGUGGCGUCGACAUUCUCCAUAUCAUCCCUACACCGUUCCCCCCAGUCUGGCAUAAGAUGGACGACGAUGGUGCACACUUGGACAUACCCACGCUCCAGGACUGGAGCAAGAUUGUCACUGCAUUUACUGCUGAGUGGCUUGAUCUAGACGGGCUGCUUCCGCCGAACUCGCAGAGACACAAGCGGGAUAACAAGACGGAAUUCGCACGGGCCAAGGAUGAGCGCCACGUAACAGCUCCAAGCAGCUUUUGGCGUCCUAGCAAGGUGUUCUUUGGGAAGCUCUCCAGCUUUGUCUCAUCAUCGUGCAAACCAAUUCCCGACAGCGAACAGCCCACGAUGCGGUUCUCACAGCCAAUUGUCUCGACCCUGCUCCUUAUUGCAGCUGGUGCUGUCCAGGCAGCUUCGUCAUGGAAUUUUGAUGACGCCACCCUCGCCGUCACUUCCAAGAAAGGUGCCGAUGGCGCCAAGCAAUCGCUGAGCUCGAAGGCGCCGCUCUCAAAGGUUGUUAGUGUCGGAGCGCAGGAUACGGUCAAGGUCAGCCUGACGACCAAGGAGGACGGCAAGGGCAAGAGGCCGCACCAGGCAUUCCUGGUCCUGAAGGAGGAGGAAUCUGGCCUGGAGGCACCAUUCCCCCUCACGGUCAAGGACAACGGCAAGGCGAUUGUUUCAAUUGUGAGUAAAGCCAAUGCGAAAGGAAUGGGGGGAAAAGCACUCGAUACUGAUGGACUUUCCAUGCAGGCGCAGAAAGAUAUUCCUGUCCAACUGCUUCUUUCCCAGAAGGCUGUUCGCGCCUCUAUUAUCCUGGCCUCUUUCGGGUCCGCUGAGGGACUCGAGUCGCCUCUGUUCAGCCUGGAGUUCAACCUUGACCCGAACGCUCCGGCGCCCAAGUACGAGAAGCCCCUCCGGUACGGCAAGCUCCCCGAGCUAGCACACACAUUCCGGGCCGACCCACGCAACCCGCCCAAGAUCAUCAGCCUGGCCUUUGCCCUUGCCGUGCUGGCCACGGUCCCAGCGCUACUUAUCGGCUGGCUCGUCCUCGGCGCGAACCUGAACCAUCUCCAGAAGGCCAUGGGUGCCGCCCCUGCCUCACACGCUGCCUUCUUUGGCUCCAUCAUUGCCAUGGAGGGUGUCUUCUUCAUGUACUACACCAGCUGGACUCUGUUCCAGACCCUGCCUGUUAUCACAGUCGUAGGGGUUGUGGCGUUGUUGAGCGGCUCCAAGGCUCUAGGCGAGGUUCAGAGCCGACGCCUCGCGGGUGAGAGAUGA